AUGUUGUCCACAGGAGUAAUUGAAGCGCCCAAAUCCCAGGGCUACUACCACAUUGAAUACAAUUUACUCCCCGAUGACCCUGAGCCAACCAAAGUCGAUCUGGUGCUGUUUGGGUUAGCUGCGAAAGUCUACAUGGAGAACGACUCUAAGGUUAUAAAACUGUGGCUGGAGGGAGAGAAGACAUGGCUGGGCUGGACCCAGUCCGUGAAAGUCAACGUCACAAGGGAGCUGAUUUUAAAACUGGCCUCUCACAAGGUCACCUUUCGCGUGUGGGACACCAAAGACCGGAUAUCCGCGAAGGCUAAGUCCGACCGACCCAAAGCCUUCAGGCUGCCUCGAGGAAAGCGCCAGGAAGACCCCGACCGCAGCGGCGGCCCCCCUGACGGCGAGGCGGCGAAAUCUGGUGGGGUCAAGGCUAUGGUGCAGAAGCUGAGAACUCUCUGCCAAAAGGAAACUCCAAAGACCACAUCCUCUCCAAAAAUGCACAGAAACUCCACCUCUGCUGACGGUGAGAACUUCUCUGGCCUGAAGCGUGAGACAGUUAAGACCAAACUUGCCACCCUGGACACUGCGGGCAGCGAGAGGGCGUCUUCCUCCACCACCGUGAACACGGACCGAUCAGCUGCUUCAGCAGGGGAACGCGUGGGCAGAUCUCUCAGCCAUGAAGAGCAGAGGGAGUCUCUUGUACCUGAGUGGAAGGGCCGAAAACGAAAAGCCAUCCAGGAGCUGAAAAAAGUGCCCACUGGACUGAAACCAAUGCAGGGGUCAAAUGACCUGGUCCAGUCCUCGAGGACCAGAGCAGCCAUAUGUCCAAAGAAGCUCAGCAUCAUUAAAGACAAGCCCCAGUUUUUGCCCAAGAGAAAACCUGUCAAAAAACCCACACAAGAAAGUACGGUGUUUGCUGAAAACAUCAAAAAGAACGGAAUCGCUUCAGUGGCGCUCAAUCUCCUCCACUUACUUGCAGGAGAUAAGACGGUGACAGACUGCUUGGUUCCGUGCUUGCCCGGCGCAUGUGAAGCCAUCAGCAGCAUCUCUUUAGACAGGCAGCUGAUGUCAGAGGCUCUGAGAGUGGAGCUCAAUCCUCUGGUCAUCAGGAUCCUGUCUGCCUCUUCCCUGCCCGCCACUCCUGUCCCCUACCACGUGCUAAAGGAAAAAUGUCUCCCGGUAUAUUGCCAGUAUAAAUUCCACACUAUGAAUGUACACAGGACAGGGGGCCAAGAACACGGCGCCCACGUAUAUUUCAGGGACGUGAACGUGAUCCUCACCGGUCUGCUGAGCCCCGGAGAGGUGCGAGAGUGCCUGGGAGGACCGCCGCUUUCCAUCGAGGUCCACGACCGUGACAGGAAAGACGCGGAGGACCCCUCCCGCGGCCCCGCCCCGUUUGGCACAGAGCCUAACAAGGACCGUCUGGGCGGCAACCUCCCCCGAGAGAAGAGCGGGACGCGACACAACCCGCACGGGAUCGCCAAGCUGGACCUGUCCGAUCUCCUGCACGGGCAGAAAUGCGGGAAACUGACCGUGCCCGUUAACCGCUCGCCGCCCCCAAACCCGGCUGGGGAGGAGGGCGACGGCCGGGACGGAGACGGGCCCUCAGAGCCGCCCGUGCCCGCGGGCCUUUACCACGCCGUUAAUUCGGUGCUGAAGGUGUGGGUCGAGAUAGCGCGUCCCCUGACCCGGCUGAGCUGCAUCGGCGACGGGCGCCUGACCCACUGCCCCUUCGGCCGCGUCGUCUACACCUUCUCUCUCCGCAACGGCGGGGCCCUGGCCGCCCUGCGGGCCGAGGUCCUGAGAACCAACGCCGCCGCGUUUCAGCUGCCUUCCCUGUCGGAGGAAGCGGUCGGGACGGCCCUGUCCUGCAACGAAAUGAGCGCCGAGGACCAGGGGAGGACGGAUUUGGACGCGGUCACGGGGUUCCACGUGCUCGACGGACGCAGGCACCUCUUCGUUCUCGAGGGUCUGAGAGAUAAGGCCGUCAAAAGACUAUGGGAAGCUAUUCCGAUAAGGCUGUCCGAGAGCGAGGACGAACGGGUGGAGGUUCUCUACAAUUCUGCGCUGAGCUUCUCUAACCGGCUGUACGGCACUCUGGACUUGAGCCUGGGUCCCAUCCGCCUCCACAAGCAGCUGGAGAUGAUCAUGAGGCAACCCGAGGUGUACUUGAGAGACACGGUCCCUCCGGCCUGUCUCCACGCUCUCUCACGGCUCAGCCUCCUGCUCCAGGCCAAGAAGCUGAGGAACGUGGUGCAGAGCGACCUUUUCCCCUCGCCCGAGAUGAUCCUCAGUCUGAACCGGGAGUACGGAGUGGUUCCACGGAGGGACGGGGAAAAGGCAGCCCGGGGGAACCACGAGGAAGGAGCGUCACCACAUCGCGCUGCGGCAAAAAAGCUUGCGCCAUUGGACAAUUACAACACGGAGUACACGGAAUGGAAGCAACAGAGAGCCAACCAGCAGCUUCAGGGGGAGAUUAAAGACUUCAUUCAGGCCAACAUCGAAGAGGUGCAUCAAGCAAGCCUGAGUAUAAAGCAGAGGCUACAGCCUGCAUCGCUUCCAGCGCCUAAUAUGGAAACCCACGGCAGUAGCACCCAGAUAUCAAACUGCACUGAGCAGGCUCAAGAACUCCAGGCCAAGGAAAUGGCAAAGGAGCGUACGUGGAGGUUGUGCUGCAGCCAGGAGUACCAGCAGGCCUUGGCAGACGCGGCGGAAGCCGAGGCCAAGGAGAAGGCCUCCGAGGCCCGGGCGAGGGCGGCCUGGCGCACCCAGGACGGCUUCAAAUUCCCGGGAUUCAAGAGCAGCUUUGAAGCCAACGAGCACCCCCUUCAGCCCGACGAGGCGCGAGUGGAGGAGCUGAGAAAGCCAUGGAGGGAAAACGUGCUGCAUGGCAACACCCUGCGGCCCCCACUGAUGCGGGACACGUGGCCCUGGCUCUCCCGCUCGGAGGACUUUGAGCGCUACAGGAAGCCUCUCCAGUUCUUCGGCACUGUGCCCCCUGUCACCAUCCACCUGGCAGGGGAAAGCCUGAGGCAGGAACAGCUCCAGUACUACAGGAACGUGCGUGAAGGUUUCCCAGGACAGGGGCCGGGCCCUGAGUUCGAGGGCCACGUUGGCGCGGCCCGGGGAAGCCUCGGCAGGCUGGAGGACCUGCUGAAGGACAGGCCCAUGAAGUACUCACUGAGGAGGCCAGGGAUGGUGCUGAAGCCCAUCCCCAUGGUGUCCGUGCUCCAGCACCCGGAGGACGAAGGUGAGGAAGAGGAGCGAGAGGUCUGCCUGCCCUUCGCCCCGGGGAGUCUGGAGCACCACAGCCUGCGCUGGGACAGCAACGCCAUCCCGCGCCACGAUCCCCUGUACAACAAGUUCCACUUCAGAGGUUACUGGAGGCCCCACUCUUUCCACUACAAAAGGGCCGCUCCGUCCCUGACAGAGGAGGAGAGGGCCGCCUGCCGUCUGCAGCCCGACUCGCCCCCCCAGACCCCAGCCCGCGCUGCCCAAAGACAGCCCGUGGGGAACAUCAUGGAGACCAGAACCUACGGAGAUAUCUACCUGCACGUGGUCUGAGGAGCGGACCGCUCUGCCCACGCUCGUUUUCAGUUCACAAGCAUGCGCUAUGAGACUGCAGGACUGUUAGUAAGAAGCACUUCGGUGGUACGGUGAAAGACGGCAGAGACAAACGAGAUGACAAUCCACCCAACACUGUAGAUCUAUACAGGAAAUCUAUACAACUGUGCGUCUCCACCACUACAGUACUGCUGGUAAAAAAAAAAAGAUUAAAAAAAAGAGAUGAUAUAUAUAUCCAAAGUACCUUUUGCAAUGCAUAUAUUUAAUAUUUUAACUCAAUUAUACAAUAUUUAUAUUACAAUUAUUGCUAUGUAAGCAUUUCAAUUAAUAGCAUUGCAAAAUCUUCAUGAGUGAAAACUGAUAAUUGAGCACUAUUGGACAAUGCUGUGGUACUGAAGAUCCAUGUAUGUACUUGUGAGGCGAGGGGGAGGAGUAGUCUACUGGAGACUACAGAACGUUUAUUUGCACUCUUUUGCAUAGGCCUCGUCAGAAAGUCCUUUCAAGUGGAUGGGAGCAGAUGUAGGCCCUUUGUGACAGAACCGCCUUAGCGAUCUUCUUUAUAUUAUCAUCGAUGUUCUCAGGAGAAUCUGAAACAAGCACAACCUCAUUACACACAAUCCAAAUUUAGCAACGCCUUAGAAAUUAAAGUUGAUUUUACA